UCCAUGUUUCAAUUGAUUACUUCCGUCUUUUUCAAACUAAACAUGGCGGCCACCCCAGCUACAAAUCCAUCACAGUUGCUCCCACUUGAGCUCGUGGACAAAUGUAUAGGUUCCCGAAUCCAUAUCGUCAUGAAGAACGACAAAGAAAUUGUCGGUACCCUGCUGGGUUUCGAUGAUUUUGUCAACAUGGUGUUGGAAGACGUGACAGAAUUUGAAAUCACACCGGAGGGAAGAAGGAUAACCAAACUGGACCAGAUCCUACUCAACGGCAACAACAUCACCAUGCUCAUCCCUGGAGGCGAAGGGCCUGAAGUAUGAAAAAAGAAGCGAAGGUUUUCUGAAACCUUUUUUUAUGUUCUUGUGGAUGUAUACUUGCCUUCCCAUCAGUAGUUACUUUAACUAGUUUGUGAUCAUGUUAUAUUUGGGUUCUUUCUUUCGGUUUUGAGAAGAUUUUUGUAACAAGUGUUUUUCCUAAUGAAGCCUUGAUAAGGUGUGUACAGAGCAACAGUUGGUUUGACCUUUGACAUGUAAACCAUUUCUACCAUGUGGUGAAACUACUAGUUUUUUGUUAUAAAUAAAUCACAGAAUCAAGUGUCA